CAGUCUUACUUUGUUCUUUCUGCUUUCUGCUUUCUUCUUUCUUUUUCUUUUCUUCUUCUUCUUCUUUCUCGCUUGCAGGCAUCAUGAGCAGCGCCGCGAAUCCGAGCGUGGAGCCCGUUGCUCGGUACUACACGACCAAGCACAGCUGGCGUGGCAAGUACAAGCGCAUGAUGGCGAUCGGCCUCAAGGGCAUCCAGACCAUCAACCCGACGAGCUGGGAAGUCACCAACACUUGGCCCUACGGCGAGGACGUCACCGACAUUAUGCCGUCCUCCAAGACCCCCAACGAGUUUACUCUCGCCACCAACAAGGGCAAAAAGAACUUGACAUUCUCGUGCGAAAAUCGCGUCGAUCUGCUCACAGAUGCGAAUCUGCACCGACCGUCGUUUGGCGGGAGUGCGACAAAAAAGAAGGGCGCGCAGGUGUACGGCAUUCCAUACCGCGCGAGAAAGGCGCACUGGAGCGAGCAGCGCAUCGAGACGCUGCUGUGCGUUGGACCAGCUGGCCUGGCCCAGCUCGAUCCGCGGAACGAGCAGCUGCUCUGCAUCUACCUCUACAAGGACAUUGAGGCCAUCAUCCCAGUGUCGGACUACCCCGGUGGCUUUGCCAUCCAAUACAACGGCUUUAGCCGCCUGCACGUAUUUGCCGUCGAAAAGCGCGACGAUCUGUUCAAGUCGCUCUCCGAGCAUGCCAACACGUACAUUGGCCUCGUUUUGCGGGCCAGCAAGGACAAGACCAUCACCAUGAACGACUUUACGCUCAAGCGUCUGGGCCGUUUUGGCGACGACGAGUCCAUCACGUCAAUGGCCGAAUUUAUCGUGCAAAAGGAGACGCCUCGGCACCAAGACCCCAUCGGUCGCAUUCUGUGCUUGACCGAGCGCUGUCUGCUCGAGCGUGAUCCCGGAACGUACAACAUUGUGACGCUGCGCUCGCUGCUCGACGUUUUCGCCCUCAUUCGCCACCAGGAAGACAUUCAGCGUUUCACCGUCGAGUACAAGAACGGCGAUCGUCGCUCGUACAUUUCCACCGAGCGCGACUCGCUCCUGGCCACCGUGCUUGACGGCGUUCGCGCCUGUGGCAACCGCGAUGCCUACAUUCGUCUCGUGCCCACCUCGCGCCCAACGCGUGUUGGCUCCCUGUACAUUCCCGUCGAAGAGAAUGUCGAGACGGUGUACUUGCGGCUGAUUGCACAGCACGAGUCGGUUGGCAGCGGCAUGUCGUUUGCCGACGCCAUUGUUGCGUUCAACACGAACGUUGACUAUUCUGGUCUGCAUCAUGCCGAGACCAAGGACCAGCUCUUUGCCGUCAACAAGGAGCAGCUCAUCACUGCGGCCAUGACGGCACUCCUCAGCUACACGUUUGACGAGCGUGCUCGUGCCUCCUCCAGCAUUGGUGGCUCUGGCAGCUCGGCCAUUGUGCCCUCGUCUGGUGCUUCCACUCCGUCUCCGGCUCCCUCUGCUGCGGACACCCAGCCCACGUCCUCGGCUCUGGCUGUCGCCGGCACCGUCCAGUCUGCUUCGGCGCUCGUCCAGCAAGCGAUUGGCACGUCCCGCGCUGCCGCUGCCGUCGCGUCAGAAACCUUCCUCGCUCUCCGUCGCCUGUUUGCCUCCAAGGCAGGCUUUGAGGCGUUCACACAGGUGCCCUCCUUCCGCGAGAAGGUCGGUCGCCGCGUGGUCGAGGCCCUGCGCAGCCACGACGAGGGCGUUCAGUACGCCGCCAUCGACAUGCUGAGCGCGCUGAUGCAGCCCAUGCACGACAACUAUGAUCUUGGCAUGGAGCAGACCAACAAGGGCGCGCUCUUGACUUCCAAGGACUUUUGCGGCCGUCUUGCCGAUCUGCUCGGCCGUCACGCCAUCGCCGGCACCGGCGCCCUUGUCGUCUGCUCUCUGCUCGACUUUUUCACCUUUGCCUUGUGCGCCCCGUACUCGGAAACGACGGACGCCGAGCAGUUUGACCGCACGCUCGAGCUCAUUGCCGGCCUCGGCCGCCGUCUCUUCAAGCUCUUCCUCCACCCUUCGAUGGCCAUUGUCAAGGGUGCCGGCAUGGUCAUGAAGGCCAUCAUCGAGGAGGGCACGCCCGAAAUCUCGGCCAAGAUGCAGCAACUUGCGCUGGCAGAGUGCUCCCUGCUCAAGCACCUGCACACCUCCAUGUUCACCACCUCGCUCGACACCCGUCUUCUCGCCCAUCGCGAGCUGAGCCGCAACCUUGUCGGCCUGUGGACGGCCGAGAACGAAGACGCCAAGCUCCUGGUCAAGCGCAUGCUCCCGGCCGGCUUGCUCACCUACCUCGACUCAAAGGAUCCCCCGCCAAAGGAGGAGAUUGUCAAGCUCCAGGUCAAGGACAACCUCAAAUCCGCCCAGAGCCUCAUGAAGGCUCCCUCCGAACUCCAGGUUCUCCUUCGCCACUGGCGCACGCGCAUCGGCAUUGCAGCCAAGCCCGAAACGCAGCAAAAGCCCAUCGUGCUGCGUCGUCGCCGCCAGCAUGUCAAGGUGCAGCGCAACUGGCCCCUCCUCUACUACCAACUCAAGCAGGACCAUUCGCGUCCGGAUCUCAUUUGGAACCACAAGACGCGCGAAGAGCUGCGCGAGGCUUGCGAGGCCGAGCUCCGCGCCUUCAACAUUGACAAGGAUCUCGGCGGCCUCCAGGUCGUGUCGUGGAACUUUAUCGAGUUUGAGGUCCGCUACGAGUCGCUCAACGACGAGCUCAAGAUUGGCGACCACUAUGUUCGCCUGCUUCUCGAACAGGGCACCAAUGGCAAGGUGGAUAUUCACGAUCCGCCAAUCUUCUUUAACGAUCUCUACCACCGUUUCCUGCUCGCCACCACCCUCAACAUGAAGGUCCUCUGCCUCCAAGCGCUCGCCAUCGUGUACAACCAGUGCUCGGAGGAAAUUGGCACCUUCAACGAUACUCCCUACAUUGUCGGCAUGCUCCAGAGUGCCACCUCCCGCCACGAGCGCGAUCGACUGGUCGUCUUCCUCGAAAAGCUGCUCCGCGUCAAGACCAAUGUCAAGCUCUUCCUCGACGUCAACGGCGUGCGCAGCCUGGUCGAUCUGCUGACCCUGUGCCACCUUCACACCGAGCGCGCCGUGACGCCGCUUCAGUCGAACGUGCUCGAGUCUGGCAGCGACAUGCAACGUGACAGCGAGAAGGAGUGGUACUAUUCGCUCUCGGUCGCCUCCGCCACGGCUGCGAGCGACGAUCGCCAGGGACCGUUUGGCUUUGACGAGCUCCGCGAAAAGUACAAGACCAACGUCAUCACCAACACGACUCGCUGCUGGGCCCAGGGCAUGGACGGCUGGCGCAAGCUGCAGGACAUUUCACAGCUCAAGUGGAUGCUCGUCUACACCGAGCCCGGUGCGUUCAACGAGACCCAACUGGCUGUCCACAUUCUCAACAUUCUCAACCGUAUCUGCGAGUUUUACCCUUCGCGCGACGAGGACGGCGCCAUCAUUCGCCCCCUCCCCCGCGCCAAGCGCCUCCUUUCCGAACCCUCCUGCCUGCCCCACAUUGUCAACGUCUUGCUCACCUUCGAUCCCACCUUGGUCGAAAAAGUCGCGCUGCUGCUCAACAGCAUCAUGGCGGACAACCCUGUCAUGCCCAAGCUCUACCUCACCGGCGCCUUCUUCUUUGCCCUCAUGUACACUGGUUCGAACGUUUUGCCCAUUUCCCGUUUCCUGGCCGACUACCACACCAAGCAGGCCUUCCGUCCCGAGGAUGGCUCUGGCACACACGAAAUCACCCGUCGCUCCAUUCUCGGCACGACCCUCCCCGAGGCCAUGGUGUGCUUCCUUGAAAACCACGGCGCUGAAAAGUUCUCUGAAAUCUUCCUCGGCGAGUUUGACACGCCCGAAACGAUCUGGAACGCCGAGAUGCGCCGCUUGAUGAUUGAAAAGAUUGCCCUCCACUUGGCCGAGUUCUCGCCUCGUCUCAUGAGCAACACGCGCGCCCUCUACCAGUACGCCCCGACCCCUGCCAUCCAGUUCCCCCAACUCGAGAACGAGCUCUUCUGCAACGUCUACUACCUGCGCCACCUCUGCGACCUUGGUCGCUUCGACAACUGGCCCAUCGGCACGCCGAUCGAACUCCUCAAGGACUGUCUCGACGCGUGGCGCCUCGAGGUCGACAAGAAGCCGCCCACCAUCACUGCCGACGACGCGCUUUCCGUGCUUGGUCUUGAUCCCACCAAGCCCAUCGAUGACAACCAAGUCCGCAAGUCCUACUUCCGCCUUGCCGCCAAGUACCACCCCGACAAAAACCCCGAAGGUCGCGAAAUGUUUGAAAAGGUCCUCAAGGCCUACGAGUUCCUCGGCACCAAGGCUGCUCGCGUCAACGGCCCCGACCCAGCGCGCAUUUCCCUCCUCCUCCAGGCACAGUCCAUCAUUUUCCAUCGCUACGCCGACAUUGUUCGCCCCUACAAGUAUGCUGGCUAUCCCCUGCUCAUCCGCACCAUCGAUCUCGAGAUUACCGACGACGCCCUCUUCAGCAAGUCCAACGUCCUCCUGCCCCACGCCGCCGAGCUCGCCUUCCACACCAUCAACGUGUCUGCCCUCAACACGGAAGAGCUCCGUCGCGAAGGUGGCCUCGACACGCUGGCCCAGGCCCUCUCGCGCUGUGUCAGCAUGGUUCAGCCCAGCACCAGCCCGAAGGAAAUGCCAGUGCAAGUGUGCCGCAACGUCAUCCGCUGCUUCUCGUCGGCCGCAACCUUUGAGCAGUCGCGCGAGCGCUUGCGGGCCAUCCCCACCGUUGUUCCCGAUGUCUGCCGCUGCCUGUACUUUAAGGGCGCUCCUCUGCUCACCCUGGCUGCCAUCGAGUGCGUGAGCCAGCUCGCCCUCGAUGCCACCAUUCAAAACCAGCUGUUGGAUGUGGGCGGUGCGCUCUGGCAUCUGCUCUCGUUCAUUUUCAACUACGAUUUUACCUUGGACGAGUCUGGCGUCCAGGCGUCUGCCGAGUCCAAUCAGCAGGAGGUUGCCAACACGCUUGCCAAGUCCUCUGUGCGCGCGCUCGCGCGACUGGGUGGAUACACCCAUGGCGAGAACGCCACCCCGCGCAACCCUCGCGUCCAGGCGGCGCUGUCCACCCUCAUCACGGCCCCGCUCGCGCGCAAGAUGGGCAAGGACGAGGUGCCCCUGGAAGUGCUCAAGGCGCUCACCAGCAACUCGGAGACGGCCUACUUUAUCUGGAACAAUGGCACUCGCGCGGAACUGAUGGACUUUGUCGAGCGCCAGGCUCAAUCUGUCGUCAAAACGGGCGACCACGAUCGCACUCUGGGCGCCUCGUUUGUGUUUUCCGACUUGCGCGACGAGCUCAAGGUUGGCGACGUCUACCUUCGUGUUUACAUUGCGCAACCGACCACCGUCCUCGAAGAUACGACCGCCUUCAUGAAGGAGUUGCUUGGCUUCCUGGCGCACCGUCGUGUACUGAUUGGCACCCCGGCGCCCGGCGCCCCGCCACAGUUGGACGAGCACGGCAACCCGCGACCCGCGCUGGAUCCUGCCAUGCAAAAGACCAUUCUCAACCACUGCCGUCUUGCGCUUGACGCGAUGCGCGUGUGCAUUGUCAACAACCAGGGUGCCGAGAAGCAGACGCUCGCGCAUUACGAUCUCUUGUUCAGCUUCUUCCGUCUGGUCGAAGAUCCCGAGGUGCAGCGUGCUGCCCUGUUGCUGGUGGGUGCGAUUGUCGCCAACAAGGAUUGCGUCACUGCCAUCUCCGAGGCGAACGUGCUUGUCGACCUCGUCCUGCUCUUCGAGUUCCUCCCCGGCUGCCACGAGUCCAUUCUCACCACGCUGCACGCCCUGGCGUCCAAGCCCAAGAUUGUUGCCGACUGCAUCACACGCUGCGUGGUCAUUCACUUGCUGCACAUCUUUAGCUCCUCCAAGCGCGGCUCGGCUCGCGAGGAGGCCGCCAGCGUGAUUGUCAAGCUCGUGUCAGACAAGUUGCACGGCCCCAAGGUCGCCAUCAUCAUCUCCAAGUUCAUCCCGGCCAUUUUCGUUGAAGCCAUGCGUGAAAGCGUCGAGACGGCCAUCCACAUGUUUGAGGGCGUGCACGAAAACCCCGAGCUCAUUUGGAAUGACGAUGCCCGAAACAAGGUCAAGCAAUUCCUCGUCACCACCAAGGCCGAAAUUGUGGCAGAGCAGCUUGCCAACCGCGACUACACUUGGCGUCUUCCCGACGACUUUGAGGUUGUGUACUCGGAGCUGCAAGGCGAGCUGCUUGUCGGCGGCGUCUAUCUCCGCCUCUUCCUCAAGCAGCCAUCGUGGGCGCUCCGCAACCCGCGCCAGUUCCUGGUCUCGCUGUUUGACAAGUUCAUCCAGUACUCGACUCGCGGCGGCGCCAGCACGGGUUCGGUCGAGCAAUCCAUGCUCGACAUGCUGUCGCAGUCGAUCGUCUACCUGCUCAAGGCCCAGCCCAUGCUGUUGGACCAGGUUGCUGCGGCUGGUCAUGUGCCCAAGAUUGUCCUGUUGCUCGAGUCCGAGUCGUCAAUGGUCGCCAAGGCGGCUGUCGAUGUCAUCCACGGGCUCGCCGACGGCCAAUCGUGCUGCGACGCCCUCGCGCAAGCGCACGUGCUCAAGGGCCUCAUGAAGGUCAUGCAACGACUUCGCACAUUGUCGGGCAUGGGCUGCGAGAGCGUCAAGAAGCUGAUUGAGCACAACAACUGCGAGCGCUCGUGCCUCGUCGUGCAGGCCAUCCAAAUGGAUUUGGUCGGCUUCUUGCUCACCCUUCUCGGCCCUGGCUUGGAAAACAUUGAAGCCGCAGCAGCCAUCAAGGCUCAGGUGGUCAAAGCGCUCAAGCAGAUGACCACCGACAUUACCCACGGCGCCGAUGUGGAGCAGCUGCUGGCCAAGUCCGAAAUCUGGAACGCGUUCAAGGACCAAAAGCACGACCUGUUCAUCACCAACACCACCGUUGCUGGCUAUCUCACCGGGCCAGUCACCUCCGUGAAGGGCUACCUCACCGCCGGCCCAGCCAACCCGACCGGCCCACCGCCCACGGACCACGAGUAACGUGUCACUGUUCCGGCACGCUGCUUACAAUUUUUCUUUCCUCCCUUUGUUUGUGAACAUUCUCUUUUUUUUUUUUUUUUUUUUUUUUUUUUUAACUGUUGACCGAUUUGUGAUUUUGGCACGUUGGUUUCUUUGUUUGUUGUUUGUGCAUUGUUUGAUGUCAAAUGUAAAAGUGGCUUCAAUACAAUUGUUUGUCCC